AUGCGGAACACCUUUGUCGAUCUCACAAAGUACGGCACGUGCCUUCACAACGCACUGGUAUACGAGAAAGAAGCCAAGGAUAAAGCCGCCAGUGAUCAUGCAGGAGGAUACUGCGAGCUCCUCGUGGUGGCCGUGCCGAACCUUGGCAACCAACAAUAUAUCGCCUUUCUUGCUCUUCCGCAGGACUGUGAAAAGCGCCUGCGGCCGGACGAUUAUCUGACAGUCAUCUUUGACUUGGAGAACUCUGCUCCUGAGACAGGAUGGCGUGCGGUUAUUAUAGAGAAUAUCAGCUUCACACCUCCAGGGUUCUGCACCCUCAGCCUCACCCGGCCAUGGAACCGCGAAACUGGCACAUGA